AGUCGCCCGAGACCUCUCGGAGUGUCGAGUCGAUUAGUCGAGUCGUGCCGCGUCGCGUCGGUUGUGCCCCGCCCGCUGCGCACACCACGUCGCAUCGCACCGCACCACAGCAGCCAUGACGGUGACACCUGCCGCCCCUGACGGCGGGCCCUCGGCGUCGGCCAAGCUGCUGCUGAGCGAGCGCAACGGCAGGAAGGCGGCGACGCUGCCCCCCGGCGGCGCCUCGCCGCUGCCCGCCGCCACCGCAGACGCCAAGGCGGCCACGUUGCAGCCCGCCGCCGCCAAGAAGAGCAAGAAGGCAUCCCUCGCCAAGGCCGCCUCCUUCUCGGAGGCGGACGCCGACGCCGACAAGAAGGUCGUCAAGCGCGGCAAAACAUUUUGUCACAACUGUAAGAAGAAGUGUUCUGGAGAAGUCCUCAGAGUCCAGGAUAAAUAUUUUCACAUUUCCUGUUUUAAAUGCAUUGUUUGUGAGAACUCACUGGCCCAAGGUGGUUUUUUCUGCAAAGAUGGAGGUUACUACUGCACAAAUGAUUACCAGCGUCAGUUUGGUACUAAAUGUGCAACCUGUGGCAAAUAUGUUGAGGGUGAAGUGGUAUCUGCCCUUGGAAAUACCUAUCAUCAAAAAUGUUUCACAUGCGCUCGUUGCAGGCAACCAUUCCCUUCUGGAGAACGAGUAACAUACACAGGGAAAGAAGUUCUUUGUCAGAAGUGCGUGCAAAUUCCUGUCAGAGAGACACAGUCUCCUCAGGCCAGUCCUUCUAGUGGCACAGGACCAGAAUGUGCUGGAUGUCAGGAGGAGCUGAAGGAAGGUCAAGCACUAAUUGCUCUGGAACGUCAGUGGCAUAUAUGGUGCUUCAAAUGCCGCACUUGUGAUGCUGUUCUUCAUGGGGAAUACAUGGGGAAAGAUGGUGUUCCGUACUGUGAGAAAGAUUAUCAAAAGCAGUUUGGUGUUAAAUGUGCGUAUUGCAGCAGAUACAUAUCAGGGAAAGUGCUGCAGGCUGGUGAUAACCAUCACUUCCAUCCAACAUGUGCUCGCUGCACAAAAUGUGGUGAUCCAUUUGGAGAUGGAGAAGAAAUGUAUUUGCAAGGUACUGCAAUAUGGCAUCCUCGCUGCGGACCAGGGCCAACUGAAAAUGGGGGUGCAGUCUUAAAUGGUGCAUUAGAAAAUGGCCAUUGCACUGACGGAGAAUCGGGGAAAGAAGGAGCACGUGAAUUUGAUCACAUGAGCAGCUCAGCUGUCAGUGAGAUGCAGUUUUCGCUGCGUUCCCGCACGCCUAGCCUUAAUGGCUCAUUAUAUAGCCCUUAUAAUAGCUUAUCAAGGAAGUAUUCAGGGGGUUACCACAGGACAGGAAGCCCAGGUCUUAUUCUGAGAGAAUACAAAAGUAACCAGUAUGAUGACAUAAGCAGGAUUUAUACCUACAGCUACCUGACAGAAGAACCCUCUCUGGGAUACCUUAGACGACCCAUUGAUCCAUAUGACAAACCGCCAACUUCACCGCAUUUUCAUCGACCAUCUUCUGCUCACUCCAGAAGUAGUGGGAAGUUCACAUUAUCAAAAGCUAGCUCCAAAUCUGGUAUGAAGGUGCUUGUAGAUUCUAUUCGGUCAGAAACGCCUAGGCCAAAAUCUCCGCACAUGAACAAUGAGGAACCAAUUGAACUGGCACAUUAUCCAGCAGCAAAGCCACCACCACCAGGUGAAAAGCCCAAAAUAGAACGAGAUGACUUCCCAGCACCACCAUAUCCUUACACAGAUCCAGAACGAAGACGACGAUGGUCAGACACAUAUAAAGGUGUACCUGUAUCUGAUGAUGAAGAUGAAGUUGACGGAAAAGAAAAGGAUGAUGGUGAGAAGAAACCUGAAGACCCUAAAUUGAAGAAAGAAGAACAGGAGUUGAGUAAAAUAGCAACUGGCAUUGGAAAAGUGUUCCUGCAGAAUGUAAGAGAACGUGAAAAACUGAGGCAAUGGAAGAUGGCUCAUUUGGAUCCUCGCAAUGCGUCGAGAACGCCGUCUGCUGCUCGAGAACCAACGUAUCGAUUGAGAUAUGAAUCACCAGUUAAUGCAUCUCCAUCAAGAAAUGUGGACCAUCCUAGACCAUGGGAAGAAGAAGAAUAUAUGGAUCGCAGUUCCAGCUAUCGGUCAUCUGUGGGGAGAUCAGUAGGCACUAUUCCUAGUUACAAUGUUGUAAGUGCCCUGCGCCACGUGCCGAAGCCUGGCUACGGUCUUGCACCUCGGUCUCACACCUUCAGCAGCACAGGUGGCAGUGCGUCCAACAUUGGAGGUGAUUUUUCUUUUAGUGGGCUUGGUGAAAAAACACACAGCACAGAAUUUAGUAGUGGGAAAUCUGAUAUUUCAGCAGGCUCCAUUUCUGAGGUGGACAGGCGGGCAUUGAAUGCUGAUCUUCCUGUUUCUACAACCUUCGCUGGGGGUCUUCGAUAUGCAGCUUCGUACAGUCCACACCUCCGUCGCUCAUUACCAAAUAUGGCUCAUCCAAUGAGUACAGAGCCAGCAAAAAUUUACCCAUAUCACUUGCUUCAAAUUACAAAUUACCGGCUUCCAGCAGAUGUAGAUAGACUCAACCUAGAGCGCCAUCUUUCUGACGCCGAGUUUGAAGCUGUGUUCCAGAUGUCAAGAGUGGAAUUCUACCGCAUGCCCCAGUGGCGAAGAAAUGAUUUAAAACGACGAGCCCGUCUUUUCUGAAUUGUUGGCAAAUUAAAAUUUACUUUAUAUAUUUAUAUGGUAGCUAUUGUCAUUACCACAGUUGUGACAAUUAAUGUAAAGAAAGCAAGAUUUAACUCGGGCAGUUUAUUGAGGACUCUUAGUGCUCCUUAUUUGCUGUAUCUGUAUCUGUUUCUGUUUGAAUUUGCAGACAUAAUGUUUGCUUCAAAAGAUGUUUGCAUCUUAAUUUUUGGUAACAACCAUUUCAUAUAAGCAUUUGUAAAAGCUGGCAUUAAUAGAUCCUAUUUUUAUUUGUACUCAUAAUUUUCACUGUCAUCAUCAUUUUCAUCAAUUAGUAAGUAUUACUGAAGACAUCACAUUUAUCAUGUUCAUUCAGCUUGUUCUGCUACAACUAGUCAGGUAUGUUGCUUUGUAGAAUAUUGAAGGAUACAGGACAUCACUCAGUGGAACAUUUAAAUACACAUGCUUUAUCUAUAUUGUACAUUUAAGUGUAAAUAUUUUUAUUGCUGGAACAGAUCCAUAAUGGUGUCUUGUCAGUGGGAAAUUCUUUCAAAUAUAAAGCUUAGUAAGUGAAUUUUUGUGUGGCACAGGUGUGGUCUGUACGCAGCUUACAUUGUAUUUUAGUUCUCCAUUUUAUUAUUGUGUUAUGUACCAUGUAUGCUGUAAAACCAGUUUAACCACUUGAAAAUACAUGCAUUUGCCUUGAAAGUAUUGUGUAAAAUAUGAAAGCACUAUUAGCAGUUUGACAUAAAUAAAUGCUGAAAGUGGUGCAUAUCUUAUACUAAAUAGGUGCUGUCUAUUUUUAUUGUGCUACGUGAAAUGAAUCAUUCCAGGCAGUCUCCUUUCUCUCUCAUUCACUAUCUAAUGAUAUUGUCUGCUCUGGGUUAUGUAAAUGUUAUUUCUGUACCUAAUUAGAGUGAAAUAACGCACCCUUAGUGAACAUUUUAUGUUACAUUUGUUUCUGAUUUGAAUUUAUGUAAAUCUUCUCAGGCAUAUCUCUGUCUUUGUGGUGAGAUAUCUUUUAUUUCACAGGCAUAUCUCUGUCUUUGUGGUGAGAUAUCUUUUAUUUCAUGACACAUUUCAGCAUAAUUAAAAUCUGUUUAUAUCUUCUAUAUUCUGUUACUUUUUACACUGUGGCAGAUGUAGCUCCCAUAAAUUGUAAAUGGCUGGACAAAUGACUAGAUUUCAGGAAUAAAAGACUGCAUUUUUGUAGACAACUUGCGUCUUUGUACUAAUUUUAAAGUACCAUUUGAAGGACAUUGUCAUAGCAGUGAACUUCUGGUGUGUGUGAUUGUUAGAAGAUGUGUCUCAUUUUGCCUUUACUUUUUAAUGAUUAAAGUCUUACUAACCUUAUCUUGGAUUGAGAAACAAACAAUAGUAUUAAUUGCUGUUAAUUGGAAGAAAAUACAUUGUACUGCCAUUAAAAUUGCUUAUGUAGAGUGCCUGAAUUUCAGUGCCACCCUUUUUUCCUAUUUUUACAGUUGUGUAAUGCAUUAUCAAAGGUGGGAAUUGUCAGUUGUUUGCUUUGUGGUGCUAGGUGGCAUUUUAAAACUGAAAUAAAGUAUCACUGCUGUAUGUGUAAAUAAAAUAAUAAUGGUUAAUAAUACACAAGAAAGAAAUAGAACUUAGCCAGUCUUCUGCACAAUUCUGUAUGGUCUGUGUAUAUGAAAAUAGCGAUUAAAGUUUUAAUUCCUAACUAAA